AGCGCAUGCGCAUCACAGUCCUUGUUAGACUGAGGGUGUUGAUUUACAAGCUGCAACAUUUUUGUGAGAAAAAUAUAUUUUAAAAUUCAAAUACAAUAAAGGAACGAAUGUGCUUCAGAAAACGAAACUGCUACCGUCCUCCAGAUCACUUUAGUGCAAAAAUUUACACAGGCCCUGUUCCAUCAGAGCAGGACUCUGUGAUGGUGCAGAGUGAAGCUCCACCCCAGUCUUUGGCCCCGCCCCUGCCCCCACCCACACAGCGCCCCAGCUCUUGCUGCUUCUGUUGGUGCUGCUGCUGCAGCUGUUCCUGGUACGGCCUACCACCACGACAGGCCUGCUGCAGGAGUGAAGAGGAGCGCAGAGUCAGGAGGAAGAGAUGGGAGACUAAGCUGGAGACCCUCAGUAACUGUGAAGCCUGCUCCAAACCCUCGGCGGAGGAGAUGCGUUUGUGGGCGGAGUCUUUCGAGUGUCUGAUGCGGAACCCGGCGGGCCGAAACCUGUUUCGUGAGUUCCUGCGCACGGAGUACAGCGAGGACAACAUGCUGUUCUGGCUGGCCUGUGAGGACCUCAGACAGGAGCACAGCAAGACGGCCAUCCUGGAGAAAGCCCAGCUCAUUUAUGAGAACUACGUUUCCAUACUGUCCCCUAAAGAGGUGAGUCUGGACUCCAGGGUUCGGGAGGUGAUUAACCAGAGGAUGCAAGACCCCACAGCCCACACCUUUGACGAGGCGCAGCUGCAGAUCUACACCCUCAUGCACAGAGACUCUUACCCCAGGUUCCUCAGCUCUUCUGUGUACAGGUCCCUCCUUCGAAACGGCUCCUGCUCCUCCUCUCUGUCAUAGGCCUGGCUGUCCGUCACAGGCCACACCCACCGUCAUGUCAUGGGGACUUCACACACAGCCCGCCAAGAGAAACCACUAGUUCUCUCUCUCUACACCUACUACUUAUUUACCCCCUUGUGCUCUGUACACACACACACACACACACACACUUUGUGUCUAUGUCUGCUGUGUCUACCUUAGUACAAUGUCAGUUGUAGACCAGGGAGCAAGCCAGCAGAUCCUAAUAAUCAGACAUCACAACAUAAUAGUGUCACGUCAGCGUGAGACUGGGUCUGUGCCUGCUGUGGACUUUUUGUUCACCUCUUGUGUAGCUGGGAUUUUAUAUUUGGGAGCUAACGGUACACAAGACAGAAAUCUGGGCAUCAGUCAGAUGCUGAGAAACUUAUGAGUGUGUGUAUGAAUGUGUGUGUGUGUGCGCGCACGCCUCUGGGAGUGCUUGCCUAUCAUAAGAAAUGCAGACUUGGGGCAUUCGUACAACAAAAAUGUAAUUUUUUAAAUAAUCUUGACCAUGAAAACGCACUCCAACCUGCUCAGUAUAAGGUCUUGCACAGUUACGAACUGUUUAACUGUUUAACAUUCAGCUUCUGUUGAGAUGGGCAUCCAGCAUACGAAACUCAAGUCCGGUCAGGUUCUGCGUGUGGUUCGGGUGCAGUACCGACUGAACCGCUCUGGGCCUGGUUCUGUGUGUGGUUCGGGUGCAGUACCGACUGAACCGCUCUGGGCCUGGUUCUGCGUGUGGUUUGGGUGCAGUACCGACUGAACCGCUCUGGGCCUGGUUCUGUGUGUGGUUCGGGUGCAGUACCGACUGAACCGCUCUGGGCCUGGUUCUGCGUGUGGUUCGGGUGCAGUACCGACUGAACCGCUCUGGGCCUGGUUCUGCGUGUGGUUCGGGUGCAGUACCGACUGAGCCGCUCUGGGCCUGGUUCUGUGUGUGGUUCGGGUGCAGUACCGACUGAGCCGCUCUGGGCCUGGUUCUGUCCCUGUGCUCGAUACUGGCCUCAGAUCCUCCUGUUCGCCCCAGUCCACAGUGUACAAUCAGCGCCAGCUCAGUUUAUGUACCGUCUGUUUAAUGCCAGACAAUGUGCCAAAUUACCAGAUAUUGUAUAUGCAAUUUUCAUUUACCAAAAGUUACCCAGAGUGCUCCUAUUGUCAUCCUAGUGGCCAUUAGGAGUGUUUUCGUCACAUCUCCAUGUCACCACAACAGCAGCCAUUCAGGAGGGCUCCCGUUAAUAUGCUGUGCUUUUCUUUUCCUUAAUUCAUACUUCUGAAUUGUAGAUUUAUCACUGUACUGGUGCCAAAUGUUUGAACAAAGCACUCUUUCCCAUUUUUAGAAUGGGCAUGUAUAUAUUUAUAUAACUUCCAUUGUACUGUAUAUACAUACUGUAUCUUUGUACAUUUCUGAAAUAAAUUCAUAAACGUAUGGCUUAAAAAUAGCAUUAUAUAAACAAUAGCUCUGGGCAGUCACUGUUCCCAAUCAUGUGAUAUGUUUAGCUUUAAAACAAAGUGAUAAGAAUGUACACUGAUUUGUGAUUUUGGCAGUAGUACUCUCAUGAUUAGGUUUUUUUAAUCUAAUGACAGGCUGUGUAUUUACAGAAAGCCAGACACCUGGGCGUCUUUAAUAUAGGGCAGAGGUGCUUAUCCACAGAAGGUCUUUUCACUUGCAUUUAUCUGGCUGGUUGUUUUCUGAAGCAGUUUUGUCUUUAAUCUUGCUUUCACACGUCAAGAGCAGCAUCUCACCCUAUAUCAGAUGCAAAAGCUGCAUAUAGCACAGGUAUGUGUGCAGGUGGUUAUGCAGCUGUGACACAUAUGUGUGCAGAUGUUAUGCAGGUGUGACACUGGUAUGUGUGCAGGUGGUUAUGUAGCUGUGACACAGGUAUGUGUGCAGAUGGUUCGCAGGUGUGACAGGUAAUUGUGCAGGUGGUAAUGCAGCUGUGAAACAGGUAUUUGUGCAGAUGGCUGUGCAGGUGUGACACAGGUAAUUGUGCAGAUGGUUGUGCAGGUGUGAAACAGGUAUUUGUGCAGGUGGUUAUGCAGGUGUGACAGGUAUUUGUGCAAAUGGUUAUGCAGGUGUGAUACAGGUAUGUGUGCAGGUGGUUAUGCAGCUGUGACAGGUAUGUGUGCAGGUGGUUAUGCAGCUGUGACACAGGUAUGUGUGCAGGUGGUUAUGCAGCUGUGACACAGGUAUGUGUGCAGGUGGUUAUGCAGGUUUGACACAGGUAAUUGUGCAGGCGGUUAUGCAGGUGUGACGCAGGUAUUUGUGCAGGUGGCUAUGCAGGUGUGACACAGGUAUUUGUGCUGGUGGCUAUACAGGUGUGGUACAGGCAAUUGCACAAGUGGUUCUACAUGCAGUGUGUGGCAAGGUGAUUCUAACAACAGUUAUUACAGGAUUAUUCUUGUUGUAAACCUGGUCUUGUGUUCUUAAGUACAGUCUAAUUACACAGGCAUCAGGGAAGAGCCCAAGGGCGAGGAAUGCUUUGGACACCAAACACACAUGUGAGCGGAGCUUGGGUGUAAAAUCACGGUUGGAUUCCAUUUAUGUUUGCCACUCUGCUUCAGAGACCUUACCUCUUCUCUCUGUUCUUUUUUUCUAGUUUUGUCAAGGAAUCACACCAACGCACAGUACAAUUAUUCUCAGCAACAUUUCAGAGAAUAAGCUAUUUAUUUUAUUUUUAUGUAUGUGUUUUUUACAUUUGAAGAUAUGGAAGGAUGAUGAGGGCCGAGUUCCGUUUUAUUAUUAAAUCCAUCUUCUGAGAGCAGGUGUGCUGCCAAUUAGGGCUUCUGAUACUGGUGCUAUUUCACCCCGUGACCACAGGGGGGUGCUCUGCCACAUUGUGAACAAAGCUGUGCCUCAGCAUCGAUCACAUCACAUUUUGCUCAGUUCUCAGUGUACAGUCAAUGUGAACUCGACUGAUGAAGCUUUUUUUUAUGGAAAUAAAUGAAUUGAGCUUUGCUAUAAAAAAC